AAAAAUCUGAAAAGGUAACUAAAGGAUUACCAAAUAAAAAGUAUCAACCUAGGGCAAAUGAAUGUAUAUAAAUACGCAAUGUAUGCAUAGGUGGGAAAGCACACAACAAAUAACUACACAAUAAGCUUAAGCUUCUCUUGUUUAAGACAUAUUAUCAAGGAGGUUACGUAGCAAGUAAAGGGAAAAUGGCUUCAGCACAGGCAUCGAUUGUAAGGAAUGACCAGGAGGAGAAAGAAAUUGUGCUUGCGAUGGUAGAGAAGGCAAAGAGUAUUGGAAAAUCUGAUGACAAGAAUGUUGUGAACAAACAUAGUUUGGCUCAAAACAGUGCGGUUGUCACCAUGAACAACGCCACCACUGGGCUAAUCAACUUUAACCAAUCUAAUGAUUGGACAGGGAGUAUCAUUGGUGGCACAUACCCCGUCAGUAUUUUCUCUGGGAAUCCGGGUACCUUCACCCAUGCUGGGCAACCUAACAAUGGCUCCCAAGGAGCGGUAGUUUACUCUGGAAAUAACAAGCAAGGAAUUCCUUGUGGAUGGCUUUUGGCUUGGAUUGCACCCACCAAUAACUCCACGACCACUCCUAAUAGGGUGUAUGUUGAGUGUGGCCCGGUCGCUAACUAUGAUAUCAUAAACUGGACCACAAUCAAAACUAAGCUCGACGUAGCAAAUGCCUACAGCAACUACUUUGACCCAGCUACUCAGACCACUAUUGCUGCUCAGCUCACUCCAAGCGGAAGUUUUGCUGCUCUUGGUGCAAAUUUUGGAGCUAUGUAAUACUCCUAAUAUCCAUCCUGCACGUAAUUACGGGUCGUCACUCCUAAUAAUUAAUAAUUAAUAAUUAAUAUGCUACCAACCUAAGCAUGUUAGUAUUGAUUAUUAUAUUAUACUACUUGAAUAAUGACCGCCCUAAUUGUAUCUUUCUUUCCCUAGUUAAUUAUAUAAACCUUUAUAAUAUUUCUACUUUUGUUUUCAAUCGAAUCAAAUAAAAACUUUUUUUCACCAUA